AUGAACAGCGCGCCGGUGCCGCCCGGCCUGCGCCGGGAGUUGGCCAGCCUGCCUCCUUCUCCCCGGGCGGCGCCAGCUGCGCCCUUCUUGGAGGCGGCUGCCGCCGCCCCCGCACGCCAACUUGUGCCGUGGCCGCGGAUGUGGGGUGCGGAGGGAUAUGGGGGAGGGGGUGCGGCGGCAGCGGACCGCCGUAUAACUCGCCGGUGCGGCGUCGCUGGGCGCCGUUGUUCCGGCGUGUGCACUCUGCGCCCGCCACAUUCUCCCGGACGUCCGCACGGGCCAGUCCUGCACGUGGGGGCGGAAUCACAGACAAUGGCGCGCCGCCGCGCCGCCGAGGACGCGAACUGUGUUUGUGCUGCAGGCGCGGAGCGGCGGGCGGCGGCGGCGGGCGAGGAGGAGAAAGAGACGGAGAGAGCGAGAGUGAAAGAAGCGGCGCGCUGCCCGCCCCCACACGUCGCCUCACCGCAGCAGCGCGCCGUGCCCGCCGCCCCGAGGAUUGCCUUGCUGCCUUGCCGGCGGCCGGCGGCCGGCGGCCGGCGGCGACAAUGCGCAGUUCAGCUGCCCGGGUCUCCGGAAGAAGGGCCCGCCCUCCGCCGGUCACGCAGAACUCUUCUCAAUCGAUAG